AGAGGCCGUCUCGGAACUCCCUAUUUAAGCGGCGCCAGUUGCGUCUUGUGGCGUCAUUCGCUGGGGUUUCUUCUCAGUCAAGUUGCUGCUUCGGCGCAGUCGCAACUACUACGACGACGACCGCUGUCGUUUGGAACGAACGAGAGACGACGACGGAGGACAUCCCCAGCUGCGAUCCAUCCACCUCCUUCGCCAUGUACACCGAGCAGUGUCCCGCUUACGACAGCCUGUCGCUCUCCGCCAUGCUGAGCGUGGAGUCGGCUGGUGCGGACCUCAUCAGCCUGCCUGCAUGGAGCGGAUCACCAUCGGGUUACCAGGAAUACAGUACGCUACCCACUCUUGACACCGACUCGCAGUGGUUGUCACAGCUGACGGAGAGCGGCAGCAGCGGCGGCAGCAGCAGCAGCGGCGGUGCUUCCGCGCCAAAACGGAGGGGCCCUGGAAGGCCUCGUCCUUACGGACACCCGGCCCCAGCUGUCGUGCAAGGGUCUAAGGGGGGCCGCGCCAGAAAGGAGCAACAGCUCAGUGCGGAGGACCAGGAGAAGAUGCGAAUCCGCCGGGAGCGGAACAAGGUGGCCGCUGCCAAGGUGCGCACGCGGCGCCAGGAGCUGACCGACAUGCUGGAGGCGGAGACGGCUAAGCUGGCUGCAGAGCAAGCGACGAUCCGUGCCGAGCUGCAGCAGCUGCAGAAGGAGCGAGAAGAGCUGGAGCUGAUGUUGGCGACGCAUGAACCCGCGUGCCUCUUGCAGCAGCCCACGUGCCAAUUGCAGCAGCCUGCGUGCCGCUUGCAGCACCCCGCGCUCGAGCAGACCUCGCCUGACUCGACCACUGGCUCGCAAGGACUGAGGGCACUACGGCCCACAAACCUUCCACUGCCUCGUCUGCAGCUCAAACGGGAGCCUCACAGCCCCCUUUAUGGACAGCAGCAGCAGCACCACCAUCAACAGCAGCAGCAGCCGGUGGCUCGCAAGCAUGAGCAACUGAGUAGCCAGCUCGUGCAGCCCUGCACGCAGCUACAACCAAACCACGAGGCGGAGUCUGCCAAGCCGCUGCACACACCCGUGGUGAGCUUGACUCCGUGCAGCGGGAGCGGCUCCUACGUCUUCACGUACCCGAGCCUGGCGGGGCUGCAGGACUUCCUGAGCAGCGAGUCUCACUCUUGCGCGUCAGCACUGCGUCGGCAAAGCAGCAGUGGCGGCAGUGGAGAACUGGGGGCAGUGGGCAGCGACUCGCUGCUGUCCCCCACCAUCCUCUCCCUCUGAUGUAGUUCUGUCGUAAUAGCUUUAUGUAUACGAGUGGGGUUGGAAUCCUUUACCCUUUGUAAUGCGAUUUCGGCGUGGUGGUUGCAGUGGGUAGUUCAUUGCGCUGUGAAUCCAGCGGUAACCAUUCCCGUCCACGGCUCAUGUCCGUGGUGAGCGAUGUUUUGAACUGGUCCCGGACCACGCCUUCACUAAACCACACUAACCAUCGUGGUGAAGUAUGGUCGGACACGCCCCAUGUACCUGAUAACGGCAUGGGGGAGGCCUUUGUCAAUCGGUGGAUUGGCACGGGAAUGUAAUUUAUUUGUUUGGUUAUUAAAGUGGUGAAAAUGUUACAAUUUUACUAUUGUUUAGCGAAAAAAAUAUUUCCUGUUUACGACUGAUAUAUAUACACUGUAUAUUACCUAUUUAAAGCAAGAUACCUUAUUGUUAUGCAAUGUAUAUCUACUGUGGCGAUCAUAGGUGGACAACAACAGCAUUGUUGACGUUUAUAUAGGUUUUUGUACUGCUUACAUUCUACAUGCUUUUCGGUUUAUUGAAAACCUUUUGUGCUAAUAUUUUGAUAUCGAUACUGUGAGCAGAGUCCUUGAGUGGCAUUUUCAGUGUUAUUGACUAGACUGUACGGUGUAUGAAGAGAAGAAAUGCAUGUUUAUACUAGGCACUUGUGUCUAUUUGGCAUUAAUAUAUUUAACUGUUAUUUUACUUUGCAAAAUUCACACGUACUUUAUAAAAAUGUCUGUUAAUUAUAGGGAACUGUUACUCACAACCUUCCCAAAUGAUAUUUCAGCUAAAACUUGAAUGCGAGAUGAUGAGUAUUAGUAUAGAAUUCCUAUUAAAUGCAAUAACACUAACACCUUACUCUCGAAGUGAAAUAUUGUUUAGAUAACUUAAAUUGUACUUUUAUAAAAUCGUGCGUUUUUACAUACGAGUGACACUGCCAUUUCGUGAUGUACACUUUAUAAUGUAGCUAAACUAUUACAAAUGUCUUCCAAUUGCACAAUUGGAGAAAAUAUUAAAUACUUUAUACAUGUAAAAUAAGCGGCUGCUUGUCUUAAUUCCGAGACGUUAUUCUUGACAUGAAAUAUAAAAUCACGAGCCCUCUUUUAAAGCAUUAAUUCAACGAUUACGAAUGUCUUCUAUUUGAGACGUUCGAUAAAAUAUGGAGUAAUUUAGUCCAAUGAUUGAUAUCUAUUUCAAAAACAUGUUUAAUGUAACCCGUACCCACCUGUCAGUGGUGGUGGUUCUCAUUAAAUCAAAUUGUCAAGUU